AAUAAACUCGUCGUGCCAUGGGAUGGGACUCGGUUUAUCGGAGACAUUGAAUCUUUCGUUGAUUGCCAAGUUUCGGAACAGGAGCUUUGAUUGAUUAUUCAUCUUGUUUUUUUAUAUCUGUCUUGGCUCUCAAGAUCGGAGCCAAGCACAGAAGAAGUUUGAUUCACGAUUUGAAUUGCAUUCGUUUCGAUCACUGGUAUUAUGGCAUCUAGUGAGGGUUUUUUGACGAAUGGACAGCUGAACAAACAUGAAUUAGCUACUCAGAACUCUCCUCCUCUGUUUCCUGGUCUGGGCAUCAAAUCCCCUAGCAGUGGCAAGGGGCCAUUAGGAGAGAGUGUGCUGCAAACGCAUUCAAACAAUGCUGGCGGUAAAGGAACUUUGGGAAAUGUUCUUGACACAGAAGUUGACUCUUGUAUUCAUAACAAGGAUCCUGGUUAUGAUAUUGAAGAGGAAGCAUAUCUACAUGUCAAUUCGCCAGUGUUAGACCCUUUGGAUGGUUACAAAAGAUCUGUUGUUUCCAUCAUCCACGAAUACUUCAGCUCUGGGGAUGUGUCAGUGGCUGCGUCAGACCUCAGAGAAACUGGUUUGAGCGAGUACCAUCCUUACUUCGUCAAGCGUCUUGUUUCCAUGGCCAUGGACAGGAACCAUAAGGAAAAGGAGAAGGCUUCUGUGCUACUAUCUGCGUUGUAUGCUGAUGUUGUUUCACCUGACCAGAUCAGGGUUGGGUUUAUCAAACUUCUCGAGUCGGUAGGUGAUCUUGCAUUGGACAUACCUGAUGCUGUUAACCUCCUUGCUCUGUUUGUUGCCCGAGCCAUCGUCGACGAAAUCCUUCCCCCGGUGUUUCUAGCUACGGCUAAGAAGACUCUACCAGAAUCCUCUGAAGGGUUUCAGGUUAUCUUAACCGCGGAGAAAAGCUACCUCACGGCUCCUCACCACGCGGAGCUGGUGGAGAACAAAUGGGGUGGGAGCACUCUCGUCACGGUUGAAGAAACAAAGAGAAAAAUAUCAGAAAUUCUGAAGGAAUACUCGGAGAACGGUGACGCUCGCGAGGCUUGCAGAUGCAUCAGAGAGCUAGGCGUCUCUUUUUUCCACCACGAGGUGGUGAAGAGGUCUUUGGUUGAAGCCAUGGAGUCAAGAACAUCCGAGCCGCUGAUGCUGAAACUGUUGAAAGAAGCUGCGGAGGAAGGUCUCAUCAGUUCGAGUCAGAUAGCGAAAGGCUUCUCCCGUGUAGAAGAGAUUCUUGAUGACCUUUCUCUAGACAUACCAUCUGUCAAAACUCUGUUUGAAUCAAUAGUUCCAAGGGCUGUAACUGGAGGUUGGCUAGACCAAGAUGCCUUCAUCAAAGGAGGCUCGGAUCAAGACGGAGACUUGCCAAUCGAAGAUGAAAAGCUAAGACGUUACAAGAAGGACGUGGUAACUAUAAUUCAAGAGUAUUUCCUCUCCGAUGACAUCCCUGAGCUAAUCCGAAGCCUUGAAGACUUGGGAUCACCUGAAUACAACUCGGUGUUCUUAAAGAAGCUGAUCACUCUUGCUAUGGAUAGGAAGAACAGAGAGAAAGAGAUGGCUUCUGUUCUUCUCUCUGCUCUCCACAUGGAGAUGUUCUCAACAGAAGAUCUCAUAAACGGAUUCACCAUGCUCUUAGAGUCUGCAGAGGACACAGCGUUAGACAUCUUAGACGCAUCCGACGAGCUUGCUCUGUUUCUAGCUCGAGCUGUGAUCGACGAUGUCUUGGCUCCACUUAACCUGGAAGAGAUCUCAAGCAGCUUACCUCCAAAGUCAACCGGUAGCGAAACCAUCCGCUCAGCUCGGUCUCUGAUAUCCGCUAGACACGCAGGAGAGAGACUCUUGAGAAGCUGGGGUGGAGGAACAGGCUGGGCAGUGGAAGAUGCUAAAGACAAGAUCUGGAAACUUCUGGAAGAGUACGAGACGGGAGGAGUGAUAUCCGAAGCUUGUCAGUGCAUACGUGAUCUAGGGAUGCCGUUUUUCAACCACGAGGUGGUCAAGAAAGCUUUGGUGAUGGCCAUGGAGAAGAAGAACGAUGGGAUGCUAAAUCUUUUGGAGGAGUGUUUUGCUGAAGGGAUCAUCACAACUAACCAGAUGACAAAAGGGUUUGGUCGUGUCAAAGAGAGUCUUGAUGACUUGUCUUUGGACAUUCCUUAUGCUAAAGAGAAAUUUAACUCGUAUGUAACGCAAGCUGCCGAGAAGUGUUGGCUACACAGCGGUUUCGGCUGUCCUGCUGCAGAUUUUUCCUGACCUGAUUCUGAAUCUCUCUAUGUGUAUUAUGGUAAUACGUAGAUAUGUAUUGUGGAGAUGAAGUUUGGUUAGUUUUGAAAGAUCAAGGAUGGUAUGUUUUCAUUUUAAAGGUGUUCGUUUUUUUUUUCUGA